UGACGGUGACAGUGUGCAUUAUGGUUUAGAAAAAGGUGUCAGUGAGGACUUUGAAAUACGGUGUGGGUUGGGUCAAGGGGGAGGGUGAGUGAUAAGAUGAAAUUCUGGUGCCAGUGCUAAGUAUCUCUACAACCUGACUUUGAAGCCCCCUCCCCUUAGUAUGCAUAGUUACACUGUAUGUAUACAGGUUAUGACAUCAUGUUCAAUUUGACUGUAGAUCACUCCAUAGCUAGAUAAAUGUUGACCCGAGGUGCUCCACACUUAUUACACAGGAUUUAUCUCAACUGAUACCUUAUUUUAAAUACUCCAAUCACACCUGGCAAACUGCGAUCGAGUCCGUGAUUGGUUUUUCGGCACAUAAAUGUGCAAUAGAUUAGUGACAUCGAAAUUUUGGAUUGUAUUAAUCUGGCACAGGUCAGUAGACACUUCACACGAGGUGGGGGCGGACGUCUAUUUUAGACGACACAGUUAAAUGAUCCAUUCUUUUGCAACGUUCAUAUAUACCUGUGCCUGUACACGAUGAGGAACAGUGUGCCUGUGAAACUACAUUGCUGUUUUUUGGUGGCCGUGUUAGUGGGAUUCGUUCAAGUUCUUCAAACGGAAGCAACUUGUCCUGCGCCUGCGCCAUGCGAAUGCAGAAACACCACCGAUCCAUACACAUUGAGACCCAUAUACGUCAUUGACUGCUCUUCCAAAGGUUUUACCAAUAUACCAGCAUUUACACAUUACACAGAACGAGCAAUUGACAAGAUUCUGUUGACUGGAAAUGCGAUCACAAGCGUCAGCAACUCAGCCUUUGAAGCCUUCGAAGCUGUACCCGUGUAUGGCAUCGAUCUCUCCGAAAACAAGAUUGCCACCAUAUCUGCAAGCGCUUUCAGUGCUGUUAAAAAGUCUCUUGGAGUUUUGUCCCUUGCCGAUAACAAACUUAAAUUAUCAACAUUGCCAUGGCCCUGCCUUGCGCAAACUGUGAAUAUCUCCGAACUUAACCUUGGCGGAAACACGAAUUACGGGGUCGUCCCAAAUAACGCUUUUCGAAAUCUACAGAAGUUGAAAAAAUUAGACUUAAGCCGUUCAUACAUCAAUGCUAUCGAGGACGGUGCGUUUUUAGGAGUGGAAGGCCUCCAAGAACUGACUUUUUACGGAAAUAUGCUGAGUGAAGUUCCGAUAAACGCUUUAAAAGGUCUCAUCAAAUUGCGAACGUUGACCUUCGAUUCAAAUAGGAUCAGUAAGGUACCUGCAGCAGCCUUCCAAACGCUCACAAGUCUACAAGAACUGCAGUUAAGUAGAAAUAACUUAAAUGCAGCUGAUGCCAUUGACAAACAGGCCUUCGUUGGUGUCGGAAACAACCUGAAAACUCUUGGUUUUUACUACAGUUACUUGCCAUCCGUACCGUCUGAGGCUUUCGCGCCACUGACAGCACUCAAUUAUUUAGACAUUUCUUACAAUCAGAUCACCAAACUCCCACCAGGGGCGUUAUCGUCACUCACGAAUCUUACUCAGCUUUCCUUGAGCGCAAACCCUUUGGAGUUUUCCGCUGAUAUGUUCCAAGGAAUCGAAGACAGACUGGAAUACAUUCUAAUUCGGACAUUCGGUUUUACUGAGCUUCCAUUAGAACCUCUCAAAACUUUAAAGCGUUUGCAAUGGGUCGAUGCUUCGUCAAACAACUUCACCACCCUGACCAAAGAAACAUUUGAAGGACUUGACAUUCAGCGCUUCACUUUCAACUGGAUGCAGAUUCGCAGCGUCGCACCUGACGCAUUCGACGACUUCAAAACCUACCGCGGGAACUUGAUUCUCUCCGUCACCUCAAACAACAUCACCGACCCUGAAUUUGACGCCACGCUGUUUCGAUGGCUGCAGUUCGGUCAGAACCCAGUCAACUGCACGUGCCGCCUUUACCGCGACAUCGCACGUGGUGGACCGGAUUUUGAGCUAGACGGGACCUGCGCUUCUCCUCCAGAGUACAAAGGACUAGCACUGCAGUCAGACUUCAUGUCUCAUGCCAAAGAGAAAUGUGGUGAUAAACUGAUUAAAAGACCGGAUACCCUUUACUUCAAACCAUAUAUCAGCAGACCAGUGGUACUACGUUGCCAGAUUCUGGUGGCCGUGUUUGUAGGAUUCGCUCAUGUUCUUCAAACGGAAGCAACUUGCCCUGCGCCUGCGCCAUGCGAAUGCAGAAACACCACCGAUCCAUACACACUGAGACCCAUAUACGUCAUUGACUGCUCUUCCAAAGGUUUCACCAAAAUACCAGCAUUUACACAUUACACAGAACGAGCAAUUGACAAGAUUCUGUUGACUGGAAAUGCGAUCACAAGCGUCAGCAACUCAGCCUUUGAAGCCUUCGAAGCUGUACCCGUGUAUGGCAUCGAUCUCUCCGAAAACAAGAUUGCCACCAUAUCUGCAAGCGCUUUCGGUGCUGUUAAAAAGUCUCUUGGAGUUUUGUCCCUUGCCGAUAACAAACUUAACUUAACAACAUUGCCAUGGCCCUGCCUUGCGCAAACUGUGAAUAUCUCCGAACUUAACCUUGGCGGAAACACGAAUUACGGGGUCGUCCCAAAUAACGCUUUUCGAAAUCUACAAAAGUUGAAAAAAUUGGACUUAAGCCGUUCAUACAUCAAUUCUAUCGAGGACGGUGCGUUUUUAGGAGUGGAAGGCCUCCAAGAACUGACUUUUUACGGAAAUAUGCUGAGUGAAGUUCCGAUAAACGCUUUAAAAGGUCUCAUCAAAUUGCGAACGUUGACCUUCGAUUCAAAUAGGAUCAGUAAGGUACCUGCAGCAGCCUUCCAAACGCUCACAAGUCUACAAGAACUGCAGUUAAGUAGAAAUAACUUAAAUGCACCUGAUGCCAUUGACAAACAGGCCUUCGUUGGUGUCGGAAACAACCUGAAAACGCUUGGCUUUUACUACAGUUACUUGCCAUCCGUACCGUCUGAGGCUUUCGCGCCACUGACAGCACUCAAUUAUUUAGACAUUUCUUACAAUCAGAUCACCAAACUCCCACCAGGGGCGUUAUCGUCACUCACGAAUCUUACUCAGCUUUCCUUGAGCGCAAACCCUUUGGAGUUUUCCGCUGAUAUGUUCCAAGGAAUCGAAGACAGACUAGAAUACAUUCUAAUUCGGACAUUCGGUUUUACUGAGCUUCCAUUAGAACCUCUCAAAACUUUAAAGCGUUUGCAGUGGGUCGAUGCUUCGUCCAACAACUUCACCACCCUGACCAAAGAAACAUUUGAAGGACUUGACAUUCAGCGCUUCACUUUCAACUGGAUGCAGAUUCGCAGCGUCGCACCUGACGCAUUUGACGACUUCAAAUCUUACCGCGGGAACUUGAUUCUCUCCGUCACCUCAAACAAUAUCACCGACCCCGAAUUUGACGCCACGCUGUUUCGAUGGCUGCAGUUCGAUCAGAACCCAGUCAACUGCACGUGCCGUCUUUACCGCGACAUCGCACGUGGUGGACCGGAUUUUGAGCUAGACGGAACCUGCGCUUCUCCUCCAGAGUACAAAGGACUAGCACUGCAGUCAGACUUCAUGUCUCAUGCCAGAGAGAAAUGUGGUGGUAAACUGAUUAAAAGACCGGAUACCCUUUACUUCAAACCAUAUUAAGCCAUUCUAGUACUUGUACCAUGUACUGUCAAAAUCCUCCUUGGUGCAACUUCUAUGAAACAUAAUGAUAAUAAUAAUAAUAAUAUUAAAUUUAGAAUAGUGCAUUAUGUUAUCUUUUUUACUGUUUGCUCU